GCAAGUCCGACUGUUGCGCAUGGGACUACCUAGGGCCACCGACGGGUCCAUUUUCACGCCGCCACAGUACCCGCUCUACCCAGAGCCUUCACCUCAGGGUCGCUAUGUCCUUGCACCAUCUGUGUGCAGCACACGUUUGCCCCGCAAACUCCAACACGUUGUCUCCAAGGGUGAGGCAAGAGCGACGAUGGAACGAGGCGCUCCCGCGCUGGAUGAUGAAGGUCAGUCUGAGUAUGUGGUCGUGGAACCGGAUGGCAGGCUCACCGUUGCGGUGGAGGAUGAUUGCUCCUCAUAUCCCAGGGCGAGCAAAGGUCACCGGUGGAGCUACUUGCCCUGGAUCACGGAGAUGGAGGAGAGUUGUCAGCCAUUAAAAUUAAAAAUCAGGCUUUAGAAUGACGAACGAGAUCAGAAGAAGGCGCAAUUGACUAGGUGAUGGAGGUAUCAGGAGCGGAGAAGGUGGGAUUCGGGAGCAAUUAUUCCUGCAACUACAGAGCUAGC